AUGCCCGUCUUCGGUUUGAAUUCCCUCCUACUUAUAGCCAGCAGCUUCCAAGCGGCACUCGGUGCUGUCAUUGGUCAUGUAGCUCGGGAUGGAUCGUCACCGAGCCUCGAGUCUGACCCGAACCCUACCAGCUACUGUACCUGGUGGGUAGACCUGGGCUCGGCCAAGUCCUGUCCCGAUCUUCUGUCGGAGAACUUCAUGACCUGGAAACGUUCCGGAGAUGGAACCCAGCCAUCACUACUAGCUGCGACAAUCUGCAGCUUGGGUACUCCCGGCGCGUCUUGCACCGGACUCUGGGCCGAUGCGUACGCCUGCGUCCCUGUCAUUGGCGUCGACAUGGCACCUACGGCGACUGCCACGCAACCCGGCAACGGCAUUGCCACGCCCGCGCCGACCCAGCCAGGCAUGAUUUCCAACUCCAACAAGUUCCAUUUUGUUGAGAGCAGCCAGUCCUGCUCCGGGCUUUGGAUCAACACUUACGCCUGUGUCGCCGUGUUAUAA